AGGCGCCUGAGCGGGGUUUGGAGAGAUGUGAACUGCAUCCGGGGCACGAUUUCGCCUAUUGUCUGGGUUACGGAAUUGGCCUAGGGGAUCGCGCAGCCUCCCAUUCAGCCCUAGCGCGGUUGCGGUCUGAAGGGAGCGAAGCUCCCUGACGGGUAGAGGCGGUUUUCUGUAUGCCCGGCAGCAGCUGCUCGGAUACAGUGAUGGAUCGUAGCUCGAAGAGGCGGCAGGUGAAGCCCUUGGCAGCUUCCCUGCUGGAAGCUUUAGAUUAUGACAGUUCAGAUGACAGUGACUUUAAGGUUGGAGAUGCUUCAGAUUCUGAAGGCAGUGGACAUGGCAGUGAAGAUGGAUCAAAGGAUAGCGGAGAAGGUUCCUGUAGUGAAUCAGAAGAAAACAUAUUGGAGGAAGAGCUGGCAGAAGAAGAUGAAGAAGGGAAAAGAGCAGAGAAAAAACCUAAAAAUUCAGGUGGAGGAGAACUGCCAGUAACAGUGAAAGGGACUAUUAAAACUGAGAAAAAAGAAGAGGAGGAGGAGGAAGAUAGAGAAGCAGAAGAGAAGGCAAAAAAGAAAAAGGAGAGAGAAAAAGAGGGAGAGAAGCCCAAUGAAGGAGAUGCUGGUGUUGAUGAGCAUACAAAUGAGCCAAAAAAGUGGAACCUGAGAAGAAAUCGCCCUCUUUUAGAUUUUGUAUCUAUGGAAGAACUAAAUGAUAUAGAUGACUAUGACAGUGAAGAUGACAAUGAUUGGCGCCCAACUGCAGGGAAAAAGAAGGGGAAAAACACAUUACGCAGAGAAGGAAGUGAUGGUGACAAUGAGGAUGAUGAAGAUGAUGGAAGUGGAAGUGAUGAGGAUGACAAUGAAGAGGAAGGCAAUGAUGAUGAAGAUAGCAGUGCUGCUAGUGAUGGGGAAUCCAAGAAGAAAAAAACCAAAGCUCUUAGCAGAAAUAGUGUUGAUGAGGAGGAGCUGACAAAUGAUAGCCUGGCUCUUUCACAAAGCAAGAGCAAUGAGGACUCUCUUAUUCUUGAAAAAUCUCAAAAUUGGAGCUCCCAGAAAAUGGACCAUAUUAUGAUUUGUUGCGUUUGCCUUGGAGAUAAUAGUGAAGACGCUGAUGAAAUAAUUCAGUGUGACAAUUGUGGAAUAACAGUACAUGAAGGUUGUUAUGGUGUUGAUGGUGAAAGUGAUUCCAUUAUGAGCUCUGCUUCAGAAAAUUCCACUGAACCAUGGUUUUGUGAUGCUUGCAAAUGCGGUGUCUCUCCAAGCUGUGAACUUUGUCCCAAUCAAGAUGGAAUCUUCAAGGAGACAGAUGCUGGCAGAUGGGUCCAUAUUGUUUGUGCACUAUAUGUUCCCGGAGUGGCAUUUGGAGAUAUUGACAAAUUGCGACCAGUAACACUUACAGAAAUGAACUAUUCCAAGUAUGGUGCAAAGGAAUGUAGUUUCUGUGAAGAUCCUCGUUUUGCAAGAACUGGUGUUUGCAUUAGCUGUGAUGCUGGAAUGUGUAGAGCUUAUUUCCAUGUGACUUGUGCUCAAAAAGAAGGCCUAUUAUCAGAAGCUGCAGCAGAGGAGGAUAUUGCAGAUCCGUUCUUUGCUUACUGUAAACAACAUGCUGACAGAAUGGAUAGAAAAUGGAAGCGUAAGAACUAUUUGGCUUUACAGUCCUACUGUAAAAUGUCUUUGCAAGAAAGAGAAAAACAACUUUCUCCCGAAGCUCAGGCUCGAAUUAAUGCCAGACUUCAGCAGUACCGUGCCAAAGCAGAAUUAGCACGCACCACAAGACCACAAGCAUGGGUUCCAAGAGAAAAACUGCCACGGCCACUCACUAGCAGCGCUUCAGCAAUACGUAAGCUCAUGCGUAAAGCUGAAUUAAUGGGCAUUAGUACAGACAUCUUUCCUGUUGAUACUUCAGAUACCAGUUCCAGUGUAGAUGGAAGACGAAAGCAUAAACAACCAGCAUUGACUGCUGAUUUUGUGAAUUAUUAUCUUGAGAGGAACAUGCGCAUGAUCCAGAUUCAGGAGAAUAUGGCAGAACAGAAGACAAUUAAGGAUAAACUGGAGAAUGAACAAGAAAAACUUCAUGUAGAAUAUAACAAGUUAUGUGAAUCUUUAGAAGACCUUCAGAAUAUGAAUUCAAAGCUGCGAAAUGAAGGGCAAGGAAUGUGGGCUCUUCUAGGAAGAAUUAUUGGACAGAAACUAAAUAUACCAGCAAUUUUGCGAGCACCCAAGGAGAGAAAGCCCAGUAAAAAGGAAGGUGGAACUCAUAAGACUACAACCCUUCCAGCAGUACUUUAUAGUUGUGGGAUUUGCAAGAAGAACCAUGAUCAGCACCUCCUUUUGCUGUGUGAUACUUGUAAACUCCAUUAUCACCUUGGAUGUCUGGACCCUCCACUUUCAAGAAUGCCAAGGAAGACUAAAAACAGUUACUGGCAGUGUUCAGAAUGCGACCAAGCAGGUAGCAGUGACAUGGAAGCAGACAUUGCCAUGGAAACUUUACCAGAUGGAACUAAGCGAUCAAGGAGGCAGAUUAAGGAGCCAGUAAAAUUUGUUCCACAGGAUGUACCUCCAGAACCAAAGAAGAUUCCUGUCAGAAACACGAGAACUAGAGGACGAAAACGAAGCUAUCUUCCAGAAGAAGAAAAACCUGAGGAACGGAUUCCAAGAGAAAGACGACAAAGACAAUCUGUAGUACAAAAGAAGCCAAAGUCUGAGGACUUAAGAACAGAAUGUGCUACAUGUAAGGGAACUGGAGACAAUGAAAAUCUAGUCAGAUGUGAUGAAUGCAGACUAUGCUAUCAUUUUGGUUGUUUGGAUCCUCCCUUGAAAAAAUCUCCAAAGCAAACUGGCUAUGGAUGGAUUUGUCAAGAAUGUGAUUCUUCCUCAUCUAAAGGUGAAGUGGAUGGAAUGAAAAACAAGUAUCAGAUGGCCUCUGGUAGACGUGGGAUGGAAGGAAUGCAUCCAUCUUUGCUCUACUUGACCUUCGAUAGCAUCGACCAUGGUAUUGUUCUAGGACAGCUGCACAGGAUUAUGAACAAAGAAGAAGAUGAAGAUGACGAGUGAGCUACAGAGGACAGUAUUUAAGUUUUUCAUGUGUAGGCUGGGCUGACAGUCUAAGUUUCUUAAAAUAUAUAUAUUUUGUUUAGCCAAAUUAGUUAACAAACAUGGAUGUUUGUUUAAGCAAAUAACAUAUGCUGUAAUGUUAUUGUUUCAGUUGAAUAAAUCUAUUUAAAUUGUUAUUAUUAAGGUAAUGAUUAUUUUUCUCCUUCCUAAGUACAACAGAAAAGUUGUCCAAAUAUGAAUGAUUAACCUAUUAAACGGGGGAUAAAAAAACUAAUAUGAAAAGUUGUUAUUCUAAAAAUCUUCAUCUACUUGCAUAUUAAAGUUAUACCAGCAAGAAUUAGUCUUUAUGUAGAAAACUAUGAUUUAAAUCAAGCCUUACUGACUAGUGAUUUAAAUCGUGAUUUAAAUUGUGUAAAUCAAAUCCACCCUGUUACAAAAUCAUCAUUUCUGUAAUAAUAUCUAUGUUCUGUAAACCGCAGUUUGCCUGGACUUUGCUCAGGUUCUCAAAAGAUUUAUUACGCAUACGCUUUUAAGUUAAUGCAGCUAGGUAGUGUCAGAAAGUUUACAGAUAAAAUGUGAAAACUAUAAAAAUGACUUUCCCCAUCCAA